GUCGGACACAAUUCGUCGACGCACUUGUGGGGAGUUGUUUACAACAAAAACUGCUAAAAGAAGUCACCAAGUUGUUAUGGCAUUAAUUGGUAUGCAAUGGAUUUGGGAACAUAACUUCUGCUUUUGAAAAGUUUUAUCUUGGAGCCUAUACCCUGCAUGUGUGGACUGAAGUCACACCAGCCAGUCCCAUGGCGGAGGGGGCUACCAAAUUGACGUUGCGGCGCCUGGAGGCUCCCGUUCACAAAUUCAUUAAAGUGGCUCUACCCACUGACCUGGAGCGGCUGCAGAAGCACCACGACAACAUAUUGAAGUACCAGCAGAGCCAACAGUGGGGUCGCCUUCAUCAAGAGCACAUAAAUGCCAGCCGGACAGUUCAGCAACUACGAGCCAACAUCAGAGAAAUGGAGAAGCUGUGCAGCCGCGUCCGGGCGGAAGACGCCGCAGCUCUCGAGAAGCUUGUCAAGCCGGUCAAGGACAGGGCGUCCGUCGCUGUGCGAGAUUUCCUACAGUUGCACUCUAACCCGACCAUUCAGCCCACGGCGUUCUCACCGUCACCCGACUCAGAUCGGCCGUCUGGCUGUGGGUCCGGCACUGACCACGCUAAUGACGAUGUGGAUGAAGAGUUGGUUUCUGGCUGGCAAAUUCAGUCCCAGCUGCCGGAGAUCCCUGCAGAAGAAAGUGCUGCAGAAUCCUGGGACGACCUCGAAGAGGAUCUGCAGGAGCUAAGCAGUUUGGUGACAAGCUUCUCUGUGCUCGUCCACUCCCAGCAGGAGAUGAUUGACAGCAUUGAAGGCAACGUCAACACGGCCGUCGCCAACGUGGAGGAGGGGUCCAAAAGCCUGGGGAAGGCGGUGGGCUACAAGUGGGCGAUGCUGCCUUUGGCUGGUGCGCUCCUGGGCGGCGUCCUCGCGGGUCCACUGGGCCUUAUCAUUGGACUGAAAACUGCGGGCGCGGCAGCUGUGGGGGGCAGUGCCCUGGGCUUCGCAGGAGGCAAGAUGGUGAAAAAAUACAACAAACGCCUGCUGGGGCUGCAGAUGAAGCAGCUGACUGAGCCGCCGACCGACGACGCGUCAGACAAGGACAAGUGAGCGGCGGAUACGGGCCGGCCACGGGCCGACAGAUGCACCAUGAAGUUAAGAUAUGAGCCAACAAUGAUGGAUCUGAGUCCGUUAAGACUUAUUUAAGAACAUUUUUCAAUGGAACUGCAUCACAUUGACGGUUGUGUACUUAGCCUCGUGCUAAAUAUGAGAGUCACCAGUGUCACUUUUAUAGACCUGAAUGCUCUCUCUUGUAUGAACUGCCAAGUUUGUCGCCACAAAAGAGCUAACACAAGUUGUUUUAAAAUAAAUGCCUUUACAAAUGAAAUAAAACUAACCAAAACCUUU